AUGGAGGAGGCGAAGAGAGAGAGAGAGGAGCAGACCGGUGAGCUCGAAUCUCGCCAACGGCUGGGUUCGGCGCGCCCAACCUGCGCGGGCCCCCGCACGAGGAUAGGCACGUGCGUACGUGUCAAACCAGCAGCCGUCCGAUCUAUCGCCGUCGUUCCCACAAGCCUAGCCCCGCACGCGGAGAAGGCGUCCGUGCUAAACAUAAGCGCAAACACGCGGCCGCACACGAGCGAAACCCUAGAGCUUCUCGUCCCGACCUCGCCUCGCACGGGACGUCGCCGGUGGCCCCGCCGGCGUGGCCCGCCGGGAUACACCGCUCCCUCCGGUGAGCUCCUCCGCCGGAGAAUCUCCAAGCCUGCCGCCGGGAAGAUCGCCGGCGUCUGCGGGACGUCGCCGGAGCCGGCCAGUCGGUGAGGUCCCGCCUGCAAUAUCUGGUUGUGCCCCGGGAGGGGGAGGAGGGAGGGCUUUCAUCGAUUGUAGAUGAUCUGUGCUGUUUUUGACGGCGAUCUGGUCAUCAAUCGAGCGAUGAAGGCUUCAGAAGAGCGGGAAUCGGAGCUUCGGAGCUAGCAUUCUGCAGAAAUUUCAGGUCAAGAGCCCCGCUAUCCACCAAGCACCGCAUCUUCUCCGAAAAUCAAAUGAUAGGUCUCAUCGGCAUGGAAAGGGACCGGCAGCUAGGUUUCUGAGCUCGGGAGCGCGUAAUGACUCCGGAGAUGGAGAAAUUGGGAGAAACGAGUGAUGAGGAUGAGGAGGACCUGGAUAUGGAUGUGAAGGAGGAGGAUGAAGACGACGGCGACGACGACGACGACGACGACGACGAUAACGACAAAGGCGCGUACAGCCGGUCAGUUGUGAUCGGAGGCGCGGCGGCGGGUAAGGAAUUUGCGAACAGCCAUGGGAGCCCAUUCCAGCAGCAUCAGCAUCCUCAGAUCGGUACUGCCGACGGAGAUCAACAGCAGAAGCAGAUGAUGAUGAUCGGGGCGGGCGGCGCCAGCGGCGUUGGAAUGAGGAGAUGCCGGCCCAAGGAGGAGAAGGAGAGGACGAAGCUCCGGGAGAGGCACCGGCGGGCGAUCACCGCGCGGAUACUGUCCGGCCUGCGGCGGCACGGCAACUACAACUUGCGUGUCAGAGCGGACAUCAACGAGGUAAUCGCCGCCCUUGCCAGGGAGGCCGGCUGGACUGUCCUCCCCGACGGCACCACCUUCCCUGCUCGAGCCACCAACUCCCAGGUUCGUCCCCUGCGAUCUCCCUCUCUCUCUCUCUCUCUUCCUUCUCCUUCUCCCCGGCUGUGGAAGAGGAAACCCUGCCUACUAGAUCCAGUCGAACUCCUCUGGAUGGUUCUCCCAGAAUGGGAUGUAGGCUGGAACAAUGGUUUAGUAGCCCUUUAUCAUGCCUUUUACUGUCCGCCCGAUCCGAAAUCAACGGCCCGAUGGACAUUGAAGAAGGGGCCGCAUCGUCGGGGAUUGUGUGGCGCUUGGGCUCGGCAUAGCGUCCAUUGAGUGGACGGUAAGGAAGCUUAGACGGAACCCCUCACGGAUGGGCCCUAGCUGGUUUCGUGAUACGAUGCCACGUGGAUCUCGUCACCUUCUUUUCCGCCUGUUUUAG